GAAUAAAUUCCAAGUCGAAAACAUACCGAGAAUUUCUACGCCCUGCCAGCGUUGUUGCUGACCAGGCCAGCGAAUGAUAAUCGAUAUGUCGACUACUAAAAACGAUUCUAACCUCAAAAUAGGAUUGUAAGCUACAGUGCAAGUGGUAUUGUAGUGUAAACGUUAAAUUAGUAGAGCGGGUUAGGGUAAACGACAUAAAAUAUCGGUGCGCGCGUAAAUAUUUUUUUAAAGUAGAUUUUGUAAGAAAACAUACAAAAAUGGCAGCGAUAUUACGUGUGAAACGCAGACACGACGAUGAACCAUCAAAUGCUUUGGUAAUUUCGUGUAAACGACAAAAAAUUGCGGAAAACGAAGUAACCGAAGCUGCAUCAGAUUCUUUAACGACUGUUGCUAAAUUUGCUGGAACCUUUACAAAACAGGAAGAUACUGUGGAACAUUUAAUUCAAAGUUAUAGAAAAGACGAGUUACAAGCAAAUUUCAAACACCACCCUGUAGAUAUUACAAAGAAAGUAAGAGAGAUAAUAAAACAAACUUCAGUAGAAAAUCGUUACAAAGUAGUUAGUUAUUUUCGAUCUUUGGAUGAUUCUAAAGACUCUGAAAACUCUGAAGACAAAAUUAUAACAUUAAUAGACGUAGAGGAUUCGAAAUCCAUAGCAAAAGAGGAUUCUGAAAAAAAGGAUGAUAAUUAUGUAUAUGAUUUGUAUUAUGUCCAAACUGAGAACGAUAUAUACCUAGAUGAUAUGGUAUCUAUACAUCCAUUUGAACAAGAGUUAGUUUAUGAUACAUACAGAGAGAAUGAUUAUCCCGAAGCUGAAUGUGAAUCAGAGGAUUCAAAUUCAGAGUCAAAUUGGAGAAACGACUACCCAGAUUCUGAUGAAUCUGAGGGAUCAAUCGACGAAGAUGAUAUGAGGCAGGCUGUUAGGAACAUGGCAUUAAAUGAAGAAUCUGAUUUAUCCGAAGAAGAUGAUUUUGUUGAAGCACUUAAUGAAGCAGAUGUAGAGGCUUAUGGUUACAAAUAUGCAAAAUACAAAGCAGACGCAGAAAAAAUUUUAAAAGAUAGUGACAUUUGA